GAUAUCGAUACCAUAACACCAGUGGAGCAGCAAAGGGCUUCAGAAGAUUCUGAGGCGCAUCGGGAGAGUGUCCCAACAUGGCAGCCUUUUUGGCUCCGAAAAUGCGUCCUCGUCGGGUUCUUCUGUUGGUUCCUCUGCUGCACUGUUGUGCUCCUCAUCUUGCUACUCCUUUCAAAGCGCGACGGAGGAAUAGGUAGAGCAAACCAAGAGCUUGGAUACUUGUAUCGCUUUGCUCCAACUGCAAUCUUCACUCUUGUAACUGUACUUUUAUCUCGUGUUGAGCUACAAGUGUUGCGAUAUUACCCUUGGGCCCUUAUACAGCACUCGGACAGUUGUAAUCCAGAGGCAUAUCAUUUGAACUAUUCUUCUAUGAUAAUGCCUAUGGUGCUUUUCCGCUCAGUCCAACGCAAACAUGUUCUGGUGGCUCUGAUAACCUCAUCUCUAAUCAUUUUGAGAAUACAAACAAUUCUCUCGCCUGCCCUCUUCAUAUGGGGGCUCCAACAACAAUUGCAACCUGCCAGCGUUGAGAUUUUGGACACUUUUGAUACAUCUGCAGCUCCUGCCAAGGAGCCUGGAUCAGAAUUCUUUUAUAAUCAGCAUGCUGUCGAGCAGUUCGACAUGGAGUUUCCAUUUGGUAUUGCCAAAAAUGGUGUAUAUCAAACUUUCGAAAUAAGGAACCAAGGGAACACUACAUGUGGCACCUCUGAAAAGCCCCUCAAAGUCGAUGUAAACGGGCUGUUCAUGGAUAUUCAGUGCUCACCCAUGAUCGAUUAUAACACGACUGCGGUAUAUGUGCCUGAUUACCAUGAUGCCACCACGUUCAAUAUCACGAUAGAUUUCGAAUUCGAGUCUUGUGGCCCACCAGUAAGAGAUUAUGUAAACUAUCUCUGGAUGAAAUACGAGGAUCCCAUACCUAUUUGGUGGGCAAAGACAUUCGAGCAACCACCAUGCCGCUUACUACCCCAACAAAACAAGCAAUUUGCAUACUUUGGUUGCUUUUUUGAACCGGGACCCAUUCAGACGAACGAAAUACGUCUUCCUCCGGCAGAUCUUUGCACAGCCAUGAUUUGCUCAUCAGCCGCGGGUCUUUCCAAAGUUGAAAUCGUUGAUGAUGGCUUCAUCAAAAAAUUAACAGUUCCACCCAACCAAACAGUCAUCCCUGUCAAGUCUGAUCUCUGGCAUAUCAUGGGAAAUUCUCUAUCCGUUACAGUCGAAGACCAAACCCCAGUAUACGAAACCAAGGAUGGGCUUCAAUAUGUCAAGUUUGUCAAAAAGCUCUGGGAACGAUACCAUCCGAAUGAAAAUAAGUGGUUGUUUCAGAACGCUGUAUUAGAAGAAGCACUCAUGAACGCGACCAAAAUGCUUGGGCCUUGGGCUGCUCAUUAUAAUUUGCGUCGAGCAAACAAAGCCGAGACUGUCGGCUUUUUGACUACAGAGACGGAAAUCUUACAAGUGAACCAAGGAAUUUGCCUCGCUAUAAUUGUUCUAUCGACGGUUUCUCUGCUUGCGAUAUCAUCUAUGAUUUUUCAAUUGGCCGAAAUCUCAAACGUCUGGUACAGAAACCCUUCAACAAUCUUGGGGUUCAUGACAGUCAUGAACAGUGAUAAGCACGCUUUGGAGGAAAAUUAUUCUGAAAAUCCAGAUGAUCUUUUCAAAUGGGGCCGGUCGAACUCAUCUCCCUUUAUUCUUCGCCCACAUCUACGUGUAAUAUUUAUUUUAUACGUCAUAGGGCUCAUCGUAGGUCUUCUUGUCGCGCUGAGAGUCUCACAACAGUCCGAUGGGCUGGCUACGGUUAACAGUAACCAAUACCUUUCAUUUCUGUGGAGAGUUGUGCCUGCACUAGCAAUGUUUGUGGUGGCUUCAUAUGCCAGCACAGUAGAUUCCGAGAUCAGGGACAUAGCUAUCUUGUCAAAGCUCUCCAUGAAGAAUUGCAGUGCUGUUCAAUUGGAUAUGUCACUACACGAUAUGCUCGGAUUUCGGGCCUUGUAUCAUUCAGUUCUGAUGAGAGACUAUGCCGUCACUAUUUCUCAAAUUUUGGCGGCAGUUUGUGCUCUAUUGAUAACGAUUUCUUCUCUUCUCUUCAACAUUCAGAAAGGCUCUGAAAGUAUCAGCACCGAGGUUCAGUCAGAGAGCUGGUUUGGUAUUCCAGCUGCCAAUACGACAGAUAGAAAUGUUUCCCUCGAUGCAGUGGCGAGUCUGGUCCUUUCACACAAUCUUUCCCACUUCACCUAUCCGAAGUCGACUUACGCAGAUCUUUUAUUUCCGACGAUUCAAGAAGCCGGCUUCAACAAAACACUAGAUCAUGUCAAUUCAGCGAUGUUUGAAGUUCCAGCCGCGAAGUUGUUGCCUGUCUGCAAUCCGAUUCCUCUGCAAGAUCUAAAUAUAUCAAUUUACGAAAUACCAACUUCAAACUACCCUGAGCCAGAGGCAGAGAGUUUGUCCUUCUCCUUUCUUAUCGAACGAGAAUAUGAAUGCCCGUGGCGGACAUCUCCGAUUUCCUAUGAUGAAAAUGGAAUCCCGAAGUACAGAAAGCUUGAGGAUUUCUUUUAUGUAGGUCCAGAGGCCAAGACAGAUGGUUUCUCCUACUUCGGGAUGGUGAUCAACACUCUAGAAAACGCAAACGCAGAGUUAUGUGGCCCAAAACUGGGGCCGAACUGGAGCUUACGGUCAUACCUCUGGGGGAACUUCUCUACCAAAAGUACCUCUUUCGAACAUCUUUCCAUCUGGACAUGCAAUUAUACGUGGUUUGAAGUCCCAACCAACAUAAACAUGGUCGAGGUAGAUGGGAAACUUCAGAUAGACCAAAAUAAUCCUCCUGUCCAAGAUAUGGCAAAUGCUCGUCCAUGGAGUCCGCCAUUUCCUGUUCCUGCUGUUGGAAGAGUAAGCCUGGUUCGCACGCAGGAUACUGCUUUUCCGGCAUUCAAAACCGAUGAGACUUUUACAUCCAUCGAGUUUUCGCCUCAUUUCAAUAUCAUCUUAGAGCCAUUUGGGCCAAUAAAACAGGAAGAUCUCGGAAACGAAAAUCAAGUCAGUCAUGUUCUUGAUGCACUACAUUACACUCUCGGUCUUGCUAGUGUCCAAAUAGCAGGGAAGCAGAAUCGAUUGGCUCUUCAUGAACGCUCAAAAGGAGAACCAGCUCAAUCGCCAAAGCAGCGGCCAAUCAAGGCAAAACUUAUCAACACCAACAGGCGUCGACUGGUGCAAGACCCCAUCGUUACCUAUGUCUUAAUUGCGAUUUUGGGUUUGGCUGCUAUUGUCAAUAUCUAUGCUCUGAUCUCAAGCAUUUUGAUCCGCCAAUACGGGAGAGAACAUCGCUGGUUACUUGAUAUGGAGCUUAGAGGGCUUGCUCCUAAUGGAUUUGGUAGUAUUGCAUUGAUUCACACACUGCUUUGCUCCACAAAUGCCAUUCAUCACCUACCAGAUGGUGCGCAUCUGAUGCCUCCAAGUCUUCUUUACCGACAUUUAGCAGACACGCGAUUUCGAAUGGGGUGGUUUUUUCACACAGUUGGCCGGCAAGAGAAUUACACUAUUGGAGUUUCGAACGAUACCAAUUUCCAAUUUUCGACAACUAAAAAGUAUAAC